AUCUAGGUCAUGGUGUUAGGGUUUUAAUUCUACAAAGACCAUAACUUUUAGCAGUAACGAGCAUCUAGAGAGGAGACGGGUGGGAAGAGAGAGGUCCCGACGAUGGUGCAGCGCCUCACAUAUCGCAAAAGGCAUAGCUAUGCUACAAAAUCCAACCAGCACCGGAUCGUCAAAACUCCCGGUGGGAAGUUGGUAUAUCAGAGCACCAAGAAGAGGGCAAGCGGGCCCAAAUGUCCCGUUACUGGCAAGAGAAUUCAAGGGAUUCCUCAGUUGAGACCUGCUGAAUAUAAGAGGUCCAGAUUAUCUAGGAAUAGGAGGACCGUGAACCGUGCCUAUGGCGGUGUAUUAUCCAGUGGUGCUGUGAGAGAAAGGAUUAUUCGUGCUUUCCUAGUCGAAGAGCAAAAGAUUGUGAAGAAAGUUUUGAAGAUUCAGAAGGCAAAAGAAAAGCUGGCAACAAAGAGCUAAGAAUUUUUACUUUUUCUAUUGUCAUCUUAAACAAGUUUUGACAUUGAAAAUGAUUUAGUAAUGUACUUUAAAUCAUUAUACUGUUAUCAUUCUACUUCUGAAUGAGCUCAUUUCUUUAUUAAGCCAUCAUUUAUAAAACAUCAUUUUUACUGUUUAAGCAAUUGUUUUUUAAGAUGAAAUCCAGGGUGUGGUUUGCAUCGGU